AUUGUGUUUGAGCCAUACACCUAUAAUCUAAACACAUACAUGGCUACCUUCUUUAACUUCCCACCGGUCUUCUCUGCCCUUCCCUCCAGAACUCAUCACCAUAUCCACUCAUCACAAACACCACCGCCACCUCCACCACCUCAGUCCUCCAGCACAACUGGUAAUGACAACCAGGAAAUACUGCAAGUCUCUACCAAAUCACAACAACAGAAGUCUAUCAAACCCACUAAGAUUGAAUCCACAGAUUGGAUAGCUACUUCCCUCACAAGACGAUUUGGUCUCGGAGCUGGCCUUGCUUGGGUUGGCUUUCUUGCUUUUGGGGUCAUCUCUGAACAGAUUAAGACUCGCUUUGAGGUUUCUCAGCAGCAGGCCAACACAAGGACCGUUGACAAAGAACAAGAGGUGCUCCUUCCCAAUGGCAUAAGGUACACGGAAUUGAAAGUUGGAGGUGGAGCUUCACCAAAACCAGGGGAUCUAGUUGUGAUUGACAUAGUGGGAAGAGUGGAAGACAGUGGACAAGUGUUUGUGGACACAACAGAGAAGAAGCCACUGGCACUGGUGAUGGGGUCAAGGCCAUAUAGCAAGGGAGUGUGUGAAGGCAUAGAAUAUGUGCUAAGAACAAUGAAGGCAGGUGGUAAGAGGAGAGUGAUCGUGCCUCCUUCACUAGGGUUUGGAGAAAGUGGUGCUGAUUUUGGCACUACUGAGAUACCUCCACUUGCAACACUUGAUUACAUUGUUGAAGUUGAAAGAGUCUCCAUUGCACCUGCUUAAUAAAUAUAUUACUCUUGUACUACUUCCACCUUCUGUUAUGUAUAUCAAAUGAUUGCAAUUUGAGUCAAUGUAUACCAAUUUUUUGUCCAAAUACAGAAUUUAAGAAUAACAA